AUGCACUUCUCGCUCCUCGCCAUCUCCGCAGCCAUUGCUCUGCCUCUGGCCAGCGCCUACCCCGUCAACGCCGAUGAUCUCCACUGCCGCUCUGGUCCCGGUACCAACUACGGUAUCGUCAAGUCCUACAAGCGCGGCACCGACCUCAGCAUCACCUGCCAAGCCGCCGGCACCAACGUCAACGGCGACCAGCUCUGGGACAAGACCUCCGACGGCUGCUACGUGUCUGACUACUACGUCAAGACCGGCAGCAGCAGCUACGUGACCAAGCACUGUGAUGGCGGCAGCACCGGCGGUGGCAGCGGUGGCUCCGGCUCCGGCGCAUCCAUCGUCAACGCCGCCGAGAAGGAGAAGGGUCUCCCUUACGUCUGGGGAGGCGGUGGUUGCAACGGACCUUCCGGCGGCGGCUUCGACUGCUCCGGUCUCACUCAGUUCUCGCUCUGCAAGGCUCUGAACAAGAAGAUCCCCCGUACUGCGCAGACCCAGUACGAUGCUACCAGCCAGGGCAAGCGUAUUCCUCGUGCUGAGGCUAAGGAGGGUGAUUUGCUCUUCUGGGGUGAGAAUGGAAACUGCAAGACCGGUGUUUCUCACGUUGGAAUCUUCAUUCGCGAUGGAUGGAUGAUCAAUGCUGCACACACUGGUACUCCUGUUCGCGAGCAGGCUAUUUGGACUUCUUAUGGUGGCGAGAGCAUUUGCCCAUACGUUAUGAGAUUCUGGUAA